GCGCCGUCCCCGCGCCGUCCCCGUCCCCGCGCGUCCGCGCGCCCGCGGCUCAGAGCGGCUGCAGGCGCUCGGCAGGGGCCCGGGACGAUGCAAGUCUCCAUCGCCUGCACCGAGCACAACCUCAAGAGCCGCAAUGGCGAGGAGCGGCUGCUGAGCAAGCAGGGCGCGGCCCCCGUGAGCGCCGCCCGCGCCAAGUUCCGGGCCGUGGCCAUCAUCGCGCGCAGCCUGGGCACCUUCACCCCGCAGCACCACAUUUCUCUCAAGGAGUCCACGGCCAAGCAGACUGGCAUGAAAUAUCGGAAUCUCGGCAAAUCGGGACUCAGAGUUUCUUGCUUGGGUCUUGGAACAUGGGUGACGUUCGGAGGCCAGAUCUCAGAUGAGGUGGCCGAGCGGCUGAUGACAAUCGCCUACGAGAGCGGAGUCAACCUCUUCGACACGGCUGAGGUGUACGCGGCGGGGAAGGCUGAAGUGAUCCUGGGAAGCAUCAUCAAGAAGAAAGGCUGGAGGAGGUCCAGCCUGGUCAUAACCACCAAACUGUACUGGGGCGGCAAGGCCGAGACCGAGCGGGGCUUGUCAAGAAAGCACAUCAUUGAAGGGCUGAAGGGCUCCCUGCACCGGCUGCAGCUCGAGUACGUGGACGUGGUGUUUGCGAACCGGCCCGACAGCAACACGCCCAUGGAAGAGAUCGUCCGUGCCAUGACGCACGUCAUCAACCAGGGCAUGGCCAUGUACUGGGGCACCUCCCGCUGGAGCGGCAUGGAGAUCAUGGAGGCGUACUCGGUGGCCAGGCAGUUCAACCUGAUCCCGCCGGUGUGUGAGCAGGCGGAGUACCACCUGUUCCAGAGGGAGAAGGUGGAGGUGCAGCUGCCCGAGCUCUACCACAAGAUAGGUGUAGGAGCCAUGACCUGGUCCCCUCUGGCCUGUGGCAUCAUCUCAGGAAAAUACGGCAACGGGGUGCCAGAAAGUUCCAGGGCUUCCCUCAAGUGCUACCAGUGGCUGAAGGAGCGCAUCGUGAGCGAGGAGGGCCGGCGGCAGCAGAGCAAGCUCCAGGAGCUGGCCCCCAUCGCCGAGCGGCUGGGCUGCACCCUUCCCCAGCUGGCCGUGGCCUGGUGCCUGCGGAACGAAGGCGUGAGCUCUGUGCUCCUGGGCGCGUCCAGCCCGGAGCAGCUGGUGGAGAACCUGGGCGCCAUCCAGGUGCUGCCCAAGAUGAGCUCGCAUGUGGUGGCCGAGAUGGACGGCAUCCUGCGGAACAAGCCCUACGGCAGGAAGGACUACCGCUCCUAGCCCCGGCCGGCCCUUCCUGCUUUGCUGUCCCCGCCGGGCACCCCGCCACAGGCACCGUGACGCAGCCGGACGGCCGGAGCCUGCCAGGCCGCCCAGGGGGCCAGAGACCGUGUAGGGACUUCCCAGGGCUCGUCCCUGCAAGCGACCCGGAGGCCGCAGGGCGUUUGCUUCUCUCUGGCCGUGGGCCGAGGACUCAGCGCCGCCCCUCCCGAGGGCUGUGGGCAGUUCCGUGCACGCGCCCCGAGCUUCUACGCCACAGCCCCCACGGCUCCGCAGCGCCCACCUGCAUGCGAGCCCGUCUCGGCCUCUGCACGGCGGGCGGCCUCUCCGGCUGGGAGGCGGAGGGAGAAACUCCUGGGCUGUGUGCAGAAAGGGAGACCGAGCCUGAGAAAACCCCGACUCGACACUCGUGACGCCGGGCUCUCCGGGGCCCAGCCAGGACCCCCUGGCGCCUCGCCGCACCCCCCACCCUGCUUCCCGCCAUCACGCCCACGUGCGUCUUGCAGCUUAGUUUCCUCCCAGACCGCCCUGGCUGACCGAACAGCCCAAGGGGGCGGCGCUCUCUCUCCAGUGCUCCUCUGCUCCCAACUGCCUCACUGGCAGAGGGAACUGUAUGUGGCUUAACCUGCUUCAAUAAAAGCAUUUUGUGCAUUUCCUGAGA